AUGAAAAACGGCGGUAUUUGUCGACGAGAAACAAAUGAGGCACAAAAAUGCAGCGAAAUUUUGGGGAAGAGGAGAGAGUGGAGGCUUGUCGUGUUCUUCAGCUCUAAAAAUGUACAAUGCGACGACGGUGGUGACGGUGUUGGCGUUCGCUGUGCUGCUGGUGAUGGUGGUGCUGGUGGUGCUGGUGCUGGUAGUGACGACUGUUGA